AUGCCAUUGCAAAAUACGGAAAAAAAUGAGAACAUUUUAUGGAGACACUUUGAUACCACACCUGUAAUGUCGCCAUAUCUUGCAACAAUGAUUGUUUCUAAUUACCUAUUCCUACAUGAUCACAUAACUGAAAUCAUUAACAUGUGGUGCAGAGACGAAUCUCGAUUUCACAUAAAAUUUGCAGUACAUGUAGCUGAUCUUAUCACGUGGUUUCUUGACUAUGAAUGGAGAUAUUGGUACACAUUGAAAUCAAAGGUGGAUCAUGUUGCAAUUCCAAAUUUCCAUGACAAAGACAUGAUAGUUUUCGGACUUGUUCUUUAUAGGGAAACAGAUAUCAUCUACGAUGAAAAUUUAUAUCCUAUUGCUCAGAAAAUCGAAGUAGCUCAAUUAGUAGGACGUAAAGUGACACAGCAAUGGUUUAAUAACAUGAUGAACAAUCCAUUAAUAUCGGAUUUUUGGUUUAAAAAUGGUCUUAUUACAUUGUUUGCAACCCAAUCACAUGAUAUAGGCUUUGUAAAUCUUACAAAAGUUGUUACUUCAACAAUGAAUCCAAAUAUUACUCAACAACUAACAAGAAUAGAAGAUUGGGCUUUGGAAAAACAUUGUCCCGUGAUUAAAGCAGUACGAAAUUAUCAUGAUAGAAAGAUAAUAAGCAAAGUAAAUGUAUCGAUACAGUAUAUCGACACAUUAAAAAUUGGCUGCAUUCCUGUAACUUUUACUACGGAAGCGUCUCUCGAUUUUAACAAUUUUACUCAUCAUAUGGUAUGCGUGUCAAAAGAUUUAAAAUUAUGA